UAAAUAUCAUAAUUAAUUAUAUUGUUAUUUAGUGAUAUGUGACUUUAGGAGCUGGCGACAAGUUCCAGUUUUACUGUUAAAAUGUGGCCGGUGGGACUACUAAAAUGGGGACACGUCCUAAGCCCACUGAGCAUAUGGCGACAUCGAAAGAUGAGGCCCCAAACAGACGUCAGGUAGCAGAAAAUGUGUGUGAUGAAACAAUUCUUCACACAGGAAAUGUAGGCCCACAACCAUCUCAACAACAGCAACAUCCACAGCAACAAAAUAUCCAAGAACAACAGCAAUAUAAUCCACAGAUUCAGCAUCAUAUAGACAUCGGUCAAAGAAUAGUUCAGCAGCAACAAUUAUAUGAGAGGACAAGCACGGUACACCCACCUGGAUCGAGUAGUAUUAGUUCAUCUUCCACUGGAGUUGGAAGCGCUGAUAUAGGUGGAAGUAGCGUUCAACAUUACAUUCAACAACCAAAACAAAUUUAUUUACAUAUACCUGUAGAAACGACAUCGACAAAUAUAGUAGAUAGCUCAAAAAUAGUGCCAAAAUUAAUACGAAUCCAACAAGAUUUAUAUCAAAAACAAUUACAGCAAACAGCAUACGAUCAACAACCUGGUCCAAGUGGCUUACAACAACAAACAUCGUACAAGAAACAGCCAAAAUCACGUUCAAAAUCAAUCCAAUGUGAAAUAUGCCAAAAAUUUUUUUUAAACAUAACAAAGUUACAAGCACAUAUCAAAUCAACACACCAGCACGAUGAUACAGCAUCAACGAGUUCCGAUAACAGUUCAAUGCAAUUCUCCUGUGAGCAUUGUAACAAAAAUUUUAGUUCAAAAUUUAAAUUAGUCCGACAUGUAUUGAUACAUUCAGAUCGACGACAAUUCUCGUGUACGGUAUGCGAACGAACAUUUCAUCGUAAAGACCAUCUUAAAAAUCAUAUUAAAGUACACAGUCCUACAAAAAAAAUUUACACGUGUGAUCGCGAGCAUUGUAAAAAGGAAUACACAUCUGCACUCAGUUUUAAAAAACAUUUAGCUAUACAUUUCGCUGAAGAGGGUCACCUAGAUUGUAAGAUAUGUUCGAAAAAAUUUGAUACGAAAUCAGAGAUAUUGUAUCACUUAAAAAUACAUGCUGGAUCGCGUACAAUUAAAAAUCCGAAUGAGAAGAAAUUUCGUUGUGAUUUUUGUGAAAGAAAAUUUUUUACGCGGAAAGAUGUACGACGGCAUUUAGUUGUGCAUACUGGACGACGUGAUUUUUUAUGUCAAUUUUGUCCACAACGUUUUGGGCGUAAAGAUCAUCUAGUACGACAUAUUAAAAAAUCCCAUUCCACAGAGGAAUUAAAUGUUAAGAAGGAAAGCACAGAUUUUGAUACGAGUUUAAUUAAAGUGGAACAAAAUUAUGAAAUGUUAGGACAAAAACCAUCAACCAGUAGUAGUUAUUCUUUAAAAAAGGAAAUUGAUCCGAAUAUUAUAAAAAUUGAACAAAACUACGAAUUAUUGCGAAGUAGUACCCAAGCACCGACAUAUUUUACGGAUACAUCAUCAACAAGUAAAGUUAUUAAAACAGAAACUACUAUAAUUCCACAAAUUUAUACACCAGAACAUGAAUAUCCUAGUUUCCUGGAUACGACGCAACAAACAAACAUAUAUCCAGAGAAUUUUACAACAUUUGCAAAUUUAAAUCCGAUAUUAACAUCUACGGCGGAUAUGCUAAUUGAAGAACAUCAGCAUCAACCAGAAGAUGAUAUCGGUAUUGAUCUAGAUCAAACUGCACGAGAUGCAAUUCUCGAACAUAAUUUUAACUUAGAUGAUAGUUCGGUGUUACAUGAUCCCGAUUUAUUAGAAUUAAUUUCCGAAAAUGAUUUAAUAAUGUCAUCCAACGACGACGAAGAUUCAAAACCCUUACCAGGAUUUAGCCAAGCAUUUCAAAAUCCACCACAAAAAGAUUAAAACACUAAUUCAAAACCAGUGUGCCUUCGUUUUACACCAAAUCUUUUUUUUUUUUUUAAUUAGUGAUCACUUAUAUUUUUAGUGAACGCGCUAAAAACUAUUUAU